AUGAGUGCCCGGGCGCCCAAGGAGCUGAGGCUGGCUCUGCCGCCGUGUCUCCUCAACCGGACCUUUGCUUCCCCCAACGGCGGCGGCAACGCGAGCGCCCGUGGUGCGAGCGCAGGCGGCGGCACCUGCAUUACGCAGGUGGGACAGCAGCUCUUCCAGUCCUUCUCCUCCACGCUGGUGCUGAUCGUCCUGGUCACCCUCAUCUUCUGCCUCAUCGUGCUGUCCCUCUCCACCUUCCACAUCCACAAGCGCAGGAUGAAGAAGCGGAAGAUGCAGAGGGCCCAGGAGGAAUACGAGCGGGAUCACUGCAGCGGGGGCCGUGGAGGCAGGGGGCUGCCCCGGGCGGGUGGCCAGGCCCCCACCCAGGCGAAAGAAACCCGGCUGGAGAGGCAGCCCCGGGACUCUGCCUGCUUCGGCCCCUCCAGCGCCUCCUGCACGCCCCCCGGGCUCCCCUGCCAGGGCCCCAGCCCUCCUGCCCCUCCUGCCCCGGCCCCCAGUCCUCAAGGAGCACAUGCGGCCUCCUCCUGUUCGGACACGCCUGGCGAGGGGCUUUUGCAGACGGUGGUACUGUCCUGA